UCUGAGGUUUCAGACAUGAUGUUUUUUCAGUUGAUUGCUAGUUAUAUUCAGUGUUGAAAACCAAUGAGUGAAGAUUUGUCUUUCUCUUUCAUCAACACUACAGUGUGCGUCUUCAACAUACCGCCGUUCUGUCCCUAGAUGGGGCCCUUGACUAAAACGUUACCGCGCGGCUGUAUGUGCGUGUAGGUAUGCGCGUACCCCGCUUUACACGCCUCACUUUUCCAGGCUGUGUGGUGUUUUUUUGAACAGUCGAGGACAGAGGCCAGAGUGGAACCAGCAGCUCUGAAACUCAACGUCUUCACCGGACUUUACACGGGAUGAACGUGUGUCUCGCUACUUAAUUUGUGACUCCUCGGCGACCCUGAACGCGUCUUUUCUCACCGAGAAAAGCUGCCGCUGGUUCCGAAAGCAGAGAGAGAAGAACGUCGCCCCACAAACCGCAUGAAACUAUCCUCCGCCUCAGUUUCGACACUCUGCUGCACACUGACGCUAUGGACCCCGCGUUGAGUUUACUCUGGGUGCUGCUCUUGUUUCCAGAUGUGAGAUGUGACGCUGAUCGAGGUCUGCCAGUGGAUACAGAUGGGGUGGUUGAGGCUCAGAGUGGAGCUGCGCCCACAACUGAAGGUUAUUAUCUGGAGUUUGUGGAGCCAGUCAACAACAUUACCCACUUCCAGGGUCAGACAGCCACACUGCACUGCAAAGUGUCAGGCAACCCACGACCUUCCAUCCGCUGGUUGAAGAACGACGUCCCAGUUGUCCAGGAGCAGGGACGGAUAAGCAUCCGCAAAACAGAGGCAGGAUCCAAGCUCCGCAUCCAGGACCUUGACACUACAGACACCGGCUAUUAUCAGUGUGUCGCAUCCAACUCGCUCAAGGUCAUCUCAGCCACAGGUGUCCUGUAUGUCAAACUAGGACAGAUGCCCACACAUGGACCAGAUGAGCUACUGCCUGAAAAAGGUUUCUGUCAACCAUACCGUGGCAUCGCCUGUGCUCGCUUCAUUGGCAACCAGAGUAUCUAUGUUGAGUCUCUGCAGAUGCAGGGAGAGAGUGAAAACCGCAUCACUGCUGCCUUCACAAUGAUUGGCACCUCCACUCACCUAUCAGAUCAGUGCUCAAGGUUUGCCAUCCCUUCUUUUUGCCAUCAUGUCUUCCCUCUGUGUGAUGAUGGGUCUCGGGGCCCACGGCGGCGUCAGCUCUGUCGAGAUGAGUGCGAGGCCCUGGAGAAUGAUCUGUGCCAUGCCGAGUACACCAUUGCUCGAUCCAAUCCCAUGAUCCUUAUGCAGCUGGAGCUCCCCAGCUGCCACCUGCUUCCACGGCCAGGCACACCUGAUGCUGCUUCCUGUAUGAGGAUAGGAGUUCCACCAGAAAAACUGGGUCCAUAUUCCCCUUCAGACCACAGCUGCUACAAUGGAAGUGGGUUUGACUACAGAGGCACAGUCAGCAUCACUAAAUCUGGUCAUCACUGCCAGCCAUGGAGUGCUCAGUACCCUCACAGUCACCAUCUGUCCCAGGAAUACCCAGAGCUCUGGGGAAGUCACAACUUCUGCCGUAACCCAGGAGGACAGAUGCAGGCACCCUGGUGCUUUACCCUGGACUCUCGUGUUAGGGUGGACCUGUGUGAUAUCCAGCCCUGUAAUCCUCCAGAGAACCCUCGGAAGGAGAUCCUGUUCAUUCUAAUACCUGCAGUAGUCAUUCCAUUGAUCAUCGCUUGCCUCUUCUUCCUGGUUUGCAUGUGUCGCAAUAAGCAAAAGGCAUCGAUUAACACGCCCCCUCGCUGCCAGCUCAGCAGCUCACCUAGCCAAGAGAUGGAGCUAUCACUGCUCAGUCAACAAAAAUAUCAGGCCAAGCUGCGGGAGAUCAAUUUGUCAGCAGUGCGGUUUAUGGAAGAACUGGGCGAGGAUCGGUUUGGCAAGGUUUACAAAGGCCACCUGCAUGGCACCAUGCCUGGUGAGCAGACCCAGGUCGUGGCCAUCAAGACAUUAAAAGACAAGGUUGAUAUAACUCUCUGUGAGGAAUUUCGCCAAGAAGCCAUGCACCGUUUUCACCUUCAGCACCAAAAUAUUGUUUGUUUGCUGGGGGUGGUUACCAAAGAGCAUCCGAUGAGCAUGAUUUUUACUUACUCCAGCUUUGGUGACCUACAUGAGUAUCUGGUGAUGCGCUCCCCCAACUCAGAUGUUGGCAGCUCAGAUGAUGACAAGACAGUCAAAUCCACUCUGGAGCAGGCUGAUUUCCUUCAUGUAAUCACCCAGAUUGCUGCUGGAAUGGAGUAUCUUUCCAGCCAGCAAGUUGUCCAUAAAGACCUUGCUGCUCGUAACAUUCUGGUCUUUGACAAACUCAGCAUCAAAAUCUUGGAUCUUGGUUUGUUCAGAGAUGUCUAUUCUGCUGAUUACUACAAUCUAAUGGGCACAAGUCCUUUCCCCGUUCGUUGGAUGUCCCCAGAAGCUCUGAUGUAUGGUAAGUUCUCCACCGACACCGACAUUUGGUCUUACGGUGUCUUGCUGUGGGAGACUUUCAGUUACGGACUGCAACCAUAUUGUGGCUACUCCAACCAGGAUGUGAUGGAGAUGGUGCGCAGCCACCAGCUACUACCUUGUCCAGAUGAUUGCCCAGCCUGGAUUUACACCCUAAUGCUGGAGUGUUGGAGUGAAUUCCCAACAAGAAGGCCUCGCUUCAAGGAUAUCCACACACGUCUGCGCUCCUGGGAGAGCCUGUCCAACUAUAACAGCUCUGCUCAGACUUCUAGCACCAGCAACACUACCCAGACCAGCUCGCUCAGCACCAGCCCUGUUAGCAACAUAAGCAUGAGCACAGCAAAUGCAUCACGCUACACCAGCCCUAAAAAGAGUGCACAGUUUCAUCAGCCUCAGUUCAUGCCCAUUAAGGGUCAAAUACAUCGGCCAAUGGUGCCCCAGCAGCUUUACAUCCCUGUCAAUGGAUAUCACCCUAUGCCUGCAUACCCAUACCUGCAGAACUUUUACCCCAUGCAAAUACCCAUGCCCAUGCCUCACCAGCAGAUGCAUCACCCACCACAGAUGGCUCCCAAAGCUGGUUCUCACCAUAGUGGCAGUGGAUCCACAACAACAGGAUAUAUCACCACUGCCCCUUCCAACACUUCUAUCACAGAGCGGGCAGCAUUGCUAAAUGAGGACUCCAAGGCCACUGAUGUGCACCUGGCUGACAGGACAUCACAGGAAGAUCUAGACAAAAACCAGAACAUAUCAGUGCCCGAAACAGAAUUGCUAGAUGACAGUGGCCCUCUACAGACUGAUGAACCUGUGAUCCACUUGUCAGACACAUAAAUGAAGAACAGUGAAGCUGAAAAUCAAGCUGUGCUUGCCAAAAAUUCAAAAGCAGUAUAAAGUGAAGUUAACAUUUUGGCAGAAAAGUGACUGAAUAGUACCGUGUUUUUUUUAAACACUUUUUUCUAGCCUUUGCUGCAAAACACAUUUUCUUAUUCACAAGAAAGCUACUUUAGAGGCUACCUCGCCUUGGUAGAGGUCUUGCCACCAGCCACUUCUCUUUGCUUGCCAGCAAAGCCAAUCACCGGCUGGCAAUAAGGCCAGGAUCCAUGGCCCUGGUGCACAAUGUGGAAAAAUCCAAGUGUCAAAUUUUGGUACCGCAUAAUGCGAAUAUGAAAGGAAGAGAAAGAGGGAGCCAUCACCCCUGCAACAAGUCACAGUCAGUUAAGGCAACACAAGCUGCAAUAUUUGUUACGUAAAAUGUAUAACACCUGGUCAAACACAAAGCAUAAAAGCCAAAGCAGCUAGUGUUUGACAAGCUGAGCACCAAGUUUUCUGCAGUGCCCACAGCUGAUGUUAGCAUGCCUGCAGCCAACACUGUACUCGUUAAUAGAGAGUUAAACCCCUCUAUGAAUAACAAAAGCAUUGACAACUUCAUAGACUUAGUUAAGUAGUUGGACAUGAUGGAGAUAACUGGGCUUUUUCCACUGUCUUAAUUGAUUGUCCAACACCUUAGUAUGAAUCCAAUAGAAGGAGAACUGCAUAGUAUUUUCUGGCAAAUACUAUAGUAUGCAAGCAUUGUAAUAGUGAUGAGAUGACAACAACAAUAUAAGAGACAUGCUACUUCUUUGACAGUUAUGGUGUGUGUGUGUGUGUGUGUGUGUGUGUGUGUGUGUGUGUGUGUGUGUGUGUGUGUGUGUGUGUGUGUGUGUGUGUAGUAUAAAAGUACAGUGGAAAGCAGUGCCAAAUUAAAGGUAUCAUUAUCAUUACUCUAUCAGUUCAAAUGCAGUGGAAGCAAACCAUUGCCAGUGGUGGAAUGUACAGUCAAGUAUUGCAGGGACCUGGAUUGAAACCUGGUUUGUAUAUUGGUGAACACUUUUUUUUUUAAUUAAUUGUUUGUUGUAUUAAAGGUUCUUACUCUGUUUUUUGAAAGGCAAAAUCAUAAAACAAAAAAUAACCAGUUUAAUGGUAAAUUUGUUUAAAAAGCUAUUGUGAAAUGUAUCUCAUCAAACAAAACAAAGAAUAAGAACAAAUUAUCUUUGUUGCUUUUUUAAGGCUAUUGACAAAAGUUUGAUUCCAAAUUACUUUUUCCCAUAAGGUUGAUCAUUUUAACAUCAACUUUGAUGAUCAAGUUGUACAGAUAGUAAUUUAUGUACUUUGGUUAAACUUUUUUUUUUUUCUUCAUUGCUGGUGAAGAUUAUUAAGCCUGUUAUUAAUGCAAUGUCUUUUUUGCCACAUGUUUUUGGCUCUCCAUAUAAUGUUCACAAAAAGUCACAUGAAUAAAAAGGUGUAUAUUCUAGAAGGAAACAAUGUGAUAUCACUUGAUUGUAUUGUACUGCACUUUAUCCCAAAGGUGCUCUAUUUUUUGCUGAAUAUUAUUUAAACUUUCCUAAUCCUAAAAAGCCACCAGGAAAAAGUUGAAAUGUUGUUGGAAAGUCCCCUAAUUUUCUUUAAGUAGAAUUAAAGUUUUAGAGUUUUCAUUGCAACAAAUGAACUGAUUUUUACAAAUCCAGAUGCAAAUCUAUCACUAGCAAGCUGUCGGCGCUGAACAAAAUUUCUUCAAUAGAAUCGUGACCUCAAGAUUUAAAAUCAAAUGGAAUUGUCAUACCCCUAUUCAGUCUGCAUGGGGUGCAGACUUCACCAGAUUUCACUAAUUCAGGGACCCACAAUUCAUUGCAAUCCUGGCUUACUUUGACAUUUUUCCAAUCAUCCCCUGACAAGUCUGGUUAGCAUUAAGCAGCAGAGAGCUGCUACAGCUGGUGAGCUCUGGAGGAAUAAACACAAGUCAAGGAGAGCAGGUUGGUUUUUUUUUUUACUUUUGAUAUUAAAACAUGGAUUUAUCUUCACUCUGACUUUUCCACCUCUGCAACAGCAAGUGUGGAGGUGUGGAAAUCCACUUAAUGUACUGCAGUUAUUACUUAUUUGAUUGCUGAAUUGAUGGGGGUUACAUUUUUCUCAUUUUAGCAGGUGCUGGGCCGAACCCACUUGUACAACUGGCCCACCCUAAAUGACCGGGAGAAUAUACAAUCAGCCAACACUCACAGUUGUUGCCGGAGUCUCCAUAUCUCUAACCCUUACUCCCAGUGCUCCUGUUAAC